AUGUCUACUGACUCUAGUCACUAUACAGUCUUCACAACAAGUUUAUUCCUCAUUGCCAAAAAACGCCAAUGGGCAAUGCGCGAGGUCAUUACACGAUCUGCUCGACGAGCCACCCAGGCCAUCAAGACACCCUUGUCAGCCAGAUUUCCGAGAUCACAGACCCCGCGAGGCAUGGGUUCGGAGUUUUCUGCCAGUCGUGUCGAAGAAAGAAGCCAAAAGCUGAAGGUCAACCCAAUGCACAACGAUAUAGAGAAGAAUUCUCUAAUUACGGAAACCGAAAAAGCUAGGAAUGGGGGAAACGGUCGGGCGUGGGGUAUCGUGGACUUCUUUGUGCGUUGA